AUGAGAAAAUUUUUGCAGAAGAGAACUCGAGUGCUGGAGACGAUCAUGAUCAACCGCCCCAGUCCAUCGUCAUCGAAAACUGGAAGCCAUCAUUCCGGAAUCAAGAAGCAGAAUUUUCCUCGUGUCAGUACGAACGCUAUGACUGAAAAUCCCAGCAAGGAGUUUCCUAUGUGCCCCGCCUGUGAAAAACAGAGACAUUCGCUUAUGGACUGUCUCGUGUUCAACGGAAUGAAUGUUAGAGGUCGUUUAAAGGUCGUGAACGACAAGAAGUUGUGCGGUAACUGCUUCCGUAGCGAUCAUUUUGCACUCGCUUGCCGCUCAAAGUUUUCGUGCAAACAUUGUAGCAAACGACACCACUCGAUGAUACAUCCCGGCCACAUCGAAGUUCAAGCCAACCCUGACCUUCUACCUGGUCCUUCCCGCGUGGUAACUGCCAUUGCCACCACCGAAACUAUGGCUCCCUACUGUAACGCUCACGUUCUCGCAUCCAGCGCAGCUGUGAACGGAACCAGUACGAGCGUACUCCUCUCCACCGUGGUGCUCAUAAUAGUAGACGCGUAUGGACAAGAGCACUUCGCCAGAGCUCGGUUGGACACAGGGUCACAGCCAAACGCGAUCAGUGAACGGUUGUGCCAGCAGUUGCAUCUUACCCGCACGACAGUCAACGUUCCCAUUUCGGGAGUAGAUGGAUCUCUUACGAAUGCUAAGCACCAGGUGACUACUGAGCUCCGAUCCAGGGCCAUUUCUACACCUUGUUGCGUGACGGACGGAUCAAAUUGUUUCACAAUCUUCCAACUUGUGGAAACCGUAUUCGGUUGGAUCGUGGCUGGCCGUAUGGAAAGCAACGAUUUAGGUGAAAAGGUAGCUUGUCACGUAGCCCAAAUCCCGUCAAUUGAUGAUCAGCUAGAACGGUUUUGGAAUCUUGAGGAGGUGAGCGGAACAAACUAUUCAGUAGACGAGCAGCAAUGUGAGGACUUCUAUCGUCGAACCGUUUCUCGAAACAACUCUGGCCGAUAUAUCGUUCGCAUGCCCAGGCACCCACAAUUCGAACAGAUGUUUGGAAGCUCGAAGGAGACAACUCUUCAACGAUUCCGUCGGCUGGAACGAAUGCUGGAAAGGAAGCCAGAACUGAAACCGCAGUACCAUGAUUUCAUCAGAGAGUAUAUUGCUCUUGGACACAUGACAGAAGUACCCGAUGGCGAUGUUGAUCGCCCAGAUGCCUGCUAUCUUCCUCAUCAUCUCGUGGUGAAGGAGAGCAGUUCGACGACUAAAGUUCGUGUCGUUUUUGACGGCUCAGCAAAGACGAGUUCCGGUCAUUCAUUAAACGAAGCCCUCCUCGUUGGACCGGUCGUUCAGGACGAAUUGAUCACGAACGUUUUGCGUUUUCGACAGUUCCCAAUUGCGCUCGUAGCGGACAUCGAGAAAAUGUACCGCCAGGUAUCACUACAUCCCGACGAUCGACCGCUCCAGAGAAUUUUCUGGAGAUUUAACAGUAUCGAGCCCAUCAAAGCCUACGAACUCUCCACGAUUACAUAUGGCCUUGCCCCGUCCUCGUUUUUGGCAACACGGACGCUGCAGCAGGUGGUAGAAGAUGAAGGUUCCAAUUUUCCGGAAGCCAGCCGAGUCGUGAAGAAAGACGUGUACGUGGACGAUUAG